AUGAAGAUCUCCGCCUUCAUCGCCUCCGCCAUCCUGUCGGUCACUGUUAACAGUGCCGCCUUGCCAGUUCCUGCCCCCGUCGCUGCACCCGCUGCUGAGGGAACGAGAAAGCCCGUUUGGGGACGCAACGCUGAAGCAGCACCCGCUGAAGCAACGCAUAAGCCCGUUUGGGGACGCAACGCUGAAGCAGCACCCGCUCCUAGCCCACAGAAGCAUAAGCCCGUCUGGGGACGCGACGCUGAAGCAGCACCCGCUCCUGGCCCACCGAAGUGGGUGUAUCCCGGAACGAAGCCCGUUUGGGGACGCAACGCUGAAGCUGCUCCCGCUCCUGGCCCACCGAAGUGGGUGUAUCCCGGAACGAAGCCCGUUUGGGGACGCAACGCUGAAGCUGCUCCCGCUCCUAACCCACAGAAGCAUAAGCCCGUCUGGGGACGCGCUCCUGAAGCUGGGAAGUGGGUGAAGCCCGGAACGAAGCCCGUUUGGGGACGCAACGCUGAAGCAGCACCCGCUCCUAACCCACAGAAGCAUAAGCCCGUUUGGGGACGCGACGCUGAAGCUGCUCCCGCUCCUGACGCAGGGAGAAAGCCAGUUUGGGGGCGCGAUGCUGAAGCUGCUCCCGCUCCUGACGCAGGGAGAAGGCCAGUCUGGGGGCGCAACGCUGAAGCUGCUCCCGCUCCUAACCCACAGGGUGGGCCCCUUUGGGACACCAAAGUUGGCGCGGCCGAAGACGAUGAGGAGUAA